AUGUUAUUUCGUUACGAGAGUUUAGCUUCGUUAUUGGUCUGUGUUGAGGCUGUCGCGGCUUUAUAUAGUAGUGAUGUCAAGGUCUCUCAACGAGAUUUUUCUUCACGGCAAACGACAAGUUUAGGGGCUAUAACGGUGCGUUCUGCGGAACAAAAACGAAGCGUCGCAAAUUUCAAACCAAGUUUGGAAUGUACUCAUCAUUAUGCUGAUCACGAUUCUAUAAUUCGAAGAACACAUUCGAGAUUCGCAUCCACGUCGAUGAAAUAUAAAUUACCUGCAGUCAUUUUGGAAGAUAUUGAGCUCAAUGUCAGGAAUAUUUUGUGCUCAAGAUCAAAUAUUAUCGUUGAAUUCCCUUCUGUGAAUUUAUUAGCUGAGGCAGAGAAAGAAUGGAAAGAUUUUCCCGAGUUCUUGGUCAUUUCAUCACAUGCCGGAUGUAAUGACCAGAAAGCGCGAGCUCCAUAUUUAGUCUCUAAUGUGAAAUACGUUCUCAAAUCCAACACCGCAAUCCUCUCCGUGCAACGGAUUGAAUGGAAAGAUGCUUAUGAUACAAUGGAAGUAAAAUUUGGUAUGGGUAAAUACGAUAGUAGCGCCCUUCGUAUACACAGUGAUUUGCGCAAAAGAAUUACUUCGUCAGUCUCAGUAUCAUCUUCUGAAACUGUCUCUUUUCCAUCACCGCCAUCAGCAACACCAACCUCGGAUACAUCAGUUCAUAAUAUUGGAUAUGCGGCACCUGCGGGUUUUAGUCUUGGAAGCUUCGCUACUUCGAAUGAUGGUGUAGGAGGAUCUUUAUCAAUAAAGUGUGGUAAUUGUUCAAUCGAAGGUUCAAUCGAAUUGACUCAAGGCGUAUUUAAUGUUAGCGACUCUUCUCACAAUACAGAAAAAGCAGUGAACUUUGUAGAGAAUGGUUAUUUCGACAUGGUAGUCAAUGGAUUUAGUGCCCAUAUUGAAAUUGAUUCCGCAGUCACGGGAACAUUUACAGAAACUUUCACUAUGGCCCUAACAACAUUGGCUUUGCCGGGUUUCCAGAUCCCAAAUAUUGCCGCAAUAGGUCCGAUGUGGAUCCCCGCAAUUCAAGGUUCUAUCACUGUCUCUAGAAAUCUAAACUUCACUUACGGUUUCGACGUUUCCGUGCCAGACAAAUCAUCCAUCCGGUUGAAUAUUGGUAAUCUUACCGAAUCAACAUCUUCUGGUUUUAGCGACUCUAUCAUCACCGCUCUUCCGCUCACCGCGACCGAUCCCUCCAUAUCCUUGACUCUCUCCCUCGCCCUUCGUUCCGAAAUCCUCCUCGGUGUCGACAUAUUAUCAGGCAAAGGAUCCAUAGCCGCCGGUGCCUUUCUCGAUCUUCCCGCUCUCUCCGUCACAAUCUCCGAGCUCACCUCGGUGGACGAAAACUGCAAUCCGGCCCAAAGCUCCUCGUCAAGUGUCGAAGAUCUAGACUAUUUCUCCUCUCUCACAAAUAUUGUUCCACAAGCAGAUAUAGCCAUAGGACUUCAAGCGGGUAUUCAAUUGAGAAUUCCAGAUUUAAAAUUCGUGGAGAAUGUAGGGACGACGGCUACGCUUGCUGGAACGAGUAUGUCGCUUCCGACGCAUUGUAUGAGUUUUGAUGGGGAGAAGAAGGAAUUUGUUACUCCCGGGGCUACUGCUAGCUCUAGUUUGAGCACAAGUACAGGUACAGCGGGGGGGUCGAAGAAGUCGAAUGCGGAGAAAAAGGCUUCGGUGCCGGUGAUGGGGAGUGGAGGAUUUGGAGGGUUAACUUGGAUGGCGGGGCUUUUGGGGUGUGUGGUUUUUGUGGCGUUGGGUUUAUGA